AAUUUAAGGACUAUUUUACCUAAACAAGCAUGAGGAAACUAAAAUAUCACGAGAAAAAGUUGCUUAAAAAAGUAGAUUUCAUCUCCUGGGAGGUCGACAACAAUCUACAUGAAGUAAAAAUAAUGAAGAAAUACUUUGUUCAAAGGAGAGAGGAUUAUACUAUGUACAACAAACUCUCUCGUCAAAUAAGGGAGUUGGUUAGAAAAAUAAAAGAUUUAGAGCAAAAUGAUCCGUUUAGGGCACACUGUACAGUUCAAAUUCUCGAAAAAUUUUAUCACAUGGGUCUGAUUCCAACCAAAAGGAGUUUAGGUUUAUGUGACAAGAUAAACGCUUCUUCCUUUUGUCGAAGGAGAUUACCUGUUGUUAUGGUAAGAAAUCAUAUGGCAGAAACAUUAAAGGCAGCAGUAACAUUCAUUGAGCAAGGACACGUAAGAAUAGGAACAGAUAUUGUGAAAGAUCCAGCAUUUUUAGUAACAAGAAGUCACGAAGAUUUUAUAACUUGGAGUAAAUCAUCAUCUAUUAAAACAAAAGUUCUGGAUUAUAAUGAUACUAGAGACGAUUUCGAUUUGUUAGAAUAAAAAGAAAAUGCUAUUAGCUAUUAAUUGUUGAACUCAUUUUUUCGAUUAAAUAAAUAUAUCAAUGUAUAUUUAUUGAAUAAAAAAAAUAAAGUAAAUAAAGAAAGUAAGU